AUGGAGAGUUCUACUGCUUUUUCAUUAUGCGUUAUUCUACAUGAUGCAGUAAAAGAGUUCAAAAUAUUAGCAAAUGUUAUUGACAUUAUGCGGAAAAAGAAACAGAGAACCAAUUUAAAUUAUUCAGAAGCCGAAGAGUUUGUUCUUAAACAAAUGAAUAAGAUACUAGAAAAAUACUCGUUUAAAUACAGUGCCAGUUUUCAAGAUAUGCAUAUGGAGGUGCUCAAGGAACUACAGAAAAGUUCCAAAAUUACAGAGUAUCCAUCGACUGCAACAGUCGUUGAAGAUUCGUUUUUUUCCACAAAAUAUAUGGAGAACUUAAUGAAGGAAAUAUUUUGUUUAAUUAAUGUUCUUGAAAAAUUGGCAGAAGAAAUUCAAAAUACGGGGUCAUGUAAUUCACUGCAACAAUCAGUUGACAAAGAAGAAUCAGAAUUCAAAGAGAUAGAAUAUAUUCUGGAAAGAGAACUUAAAGCUCGUGAGAAAAUCAAGGAAAUGAAACAUAAGAUUCAAGAAAAAAAUGAAGAAGGUAUAAGAAUUAUUGAACAAGGCAAAGAAACUAUAGCAUAUUUAAAGGAUCAAGUUCAAGAAAUGAAAGCUAAAAUAAUUAUGGAAGAAAAAUAUGUAACACGUUAUUCUGCAGUAAAAUUAGAAGAAUUCCAAAGUCAAUGUGAUCAAAAAGAAAAUGAAAUCAAACAUCAAAUAGAUUUCGUUCAGUCAAAUCGUAACACAGAAGAACGAGUUCAUGCAGAGAUUACAUCUUACUUAAAUGAUCGUAUAUCAUACCUAAGAAAGCAUGAAGAAUUCUGGAAAGAGAAGUCCGAUAAAGAUAUUACUCAAUUCAAACAAGAGUUAAGUCAGCUCAAAGAUAAAAAAGAAAAGAACUUAAGUAAACUUAGUGAGUUAUCUUUAUUGUACAAAGAAUAUGAAGCCGUAGUUCUGUCUGACCGAAUUGAAAAAGAGAAAGCUCGUCAAAGAGAAGAACAAGAAGAGCUAGAAUUAUUUGCAGCUUGUAAAAUUCAAAAUUGGUGGCGUACUGUUUGCGUUCAACAUAAUCUUGGUCCGCAUGGGAAAAAGAAGAGAAAAGGAAAAGGCACGAAAACAAAAAAAGGGAAAGGAAAAAAGAAGUAG